GUUAAGGCAAUUCAGGAACUUCAGUUGGGCAAGAUGGAGACUCAGCCAGCGGCGAGACUGCACCUCCCAGCAUGCACUGCAGCCGGACCCGGAGUGGAGACGUCGAGUGAUGGGGGGUCCCCUCGGUGUUUUAGGCCGCCGCGUCAGUUAUAAAGAUUGAGGCGGAAUCCGGGCCAGAGAACCCGACCUCUGCGGACUGGGAAGAUGGAAGCGUGGCGCUGUGUGAGGAGAGGCUACGGCCGCUGUGUGGUGGGAAGAGGCCGAUACCCCACGUUUCCCCAUCACCUGAAGAGUCUGGGCAGAGACUGGACUACACCGUGGGAGAAUCUACAGAGAUGUUGCUGGAACAGACAUAUUUCUAGUUGUAUGAGGUGGCCUGGACAUUAUUCUCGUGCUCCUUACCCAUACUUCAGUAGUAGGCAUUUUUCACUAAAUUGGCGACCACCUUGUUUGUUUGAAUCUAGAACUCAGUUUCAGUACUAUAACUGGAGAUCUGACAACCUAAGCCAGACAUCUUUGAUUCAUCUCUCUAGUUACGUCAUGAGCUCUGAGGGAGAUGAACCUUCAUCAAAACGAAGAAAACACCAAGGAAUGAUAAAACGGAAUUGGGAAUAUAUAUGUAGCCAUAAUAAAGAAAAAACGAAGAUCCUAGGAGAGAAAAAUGUUGAUCCCAAAUGUGAAGACAGUGAGGACAAGUUUGACUUUUCAGUGAUGUCCUAUAAUAUACUUUCACAAGAUUUACUGGAAGAUAACUCACACCUUUAUAGACAUUGCCGGCGGCCAGUAUUACACUGGAGUUUUAGGUUUCCCAAUAUUCUGAAAGAAAUUAAACAUUUUGAUGCAGAUGUCCUUUGUUUGCAAGAAGUUCAAGAAGAUCAUUAUGGAACAGAGAUCAGGCCAAGUUUGGAAUCACUGGGUUAUCACUGUGAAUAUAAGAUGCGGACAGGAAAGAAACCUGAUGGCUGUGCUAUUUGCUUCAAACAUUCCAAAUUUUCCCUCUUAUCAGUGAACCCAGUGGAAUUCUACCGCCCUGAUAUUCCUCUAUUGGACAGAGACAAUGUUGGAUUAGUUUUACUCUUACAGCCCAAAAUCCCGUGUGCUGCCUCUCCAGCGAUCUGUGUAGCUAAUACACAUUUGUUGUACAAUCCAAGGCGAGGUGAUAUUAAGUUAACCCAAUUGGCAAUGCUACUGGCAGAGAUUUCUAGUGUUGCCCAUCAGAAAGAUGGCAGCUUCUGUCCAAUAGUUAUGUGUGGUGACUUUAAUUCUGUUCCUGGUUCUCCACUCUAUAGUUUCAUAAAGGAAGGAAAAUUGAAUUAUGAAGGACUUGCCAUAGGAAAGGUAUCUGGCCAGGAACAGUCUUCACGGGGACAAAGAAUUUUAUCUAUUCCAAUUUGGCCCCCAAACCUAGGUAUCUCACAGAACUGUGUGUAUGAGGUACAGCAGGUACCAAAAGUAGAAAAGACAGACAAUAAUCUGGCACAAACAGAGCUGAAGAAAACAGAGGUCCUAGUGACAGCUGAAAAAUUAUCUUCAAAUUUACAGCACCAUUUCAGCUUGUCAUCUGUUUAUUCACAUUAUUUUCCUGACACUGGAAUUCCAGAAGUGACCACCUGUCAUUCCCGAAGUGCUAUAACUGUGGAUUAUAUUUUCUACUCUGCAGAAAAGGAGGAUAUCACGGGGCUCCCAGGAGCUGAAGUUGCUUUGGUUGGUGGCUUGAAACUUCUAGCUAGACUGUCACUUCUUACAGAACAAGACUUAUGGACUGUUAAUGGACUUCCAAAUGAAAAUAACUCUUCAGAUCAUCUGCCUUUAUUGGCUAAGUUCAGACUUGAGCUUUAACUUGGCUUGCAUACAAAAUUCUUUCCAAUUUGUAUUGUUUUUUGAAGAAUGUAAAGUUCUUAAGUGUUUGCAUGUUAUUUUUGUGCUGUAGAGUUUCUGAAGAGGUUAUGUUAGAUGCUUUGAAACAUAUCAAAAGAAACAAGUUUAUAACAAUUUUCUUUUUUAAUAAUGAAAAAUAUUUUCUUGACAAGUGAGAUCUAAAUACUCUUUAUUAUAAAAGAGGUGUAAAAAGUUUUGUAUUCUAAAUCUAAGUAGAAUUGACAGUGAUUUUUAAAUAUAA